AUGACUAGAACAACUCUAGAAAUCGACAUCAUUGUCGUUGGGACAGGUAGGCCUCUCUAUGUCACCAUCUCCACCUAUGACGGAGGAUCAAGUUCCGAAUUUGCUAACUCCUGGUUGUAUUGUUUCGGAUGGUUUGGUUUGUCUGCUGCGAAGCACUACAUUCAGCUGCAUCCUCAGGACCACAUUGUAGUCCUCGAAUCAGCUGGCUCGUGUGGAGGUACAUGGGGACAGGAAAGACUCUGUCCUGGAGUCAAGUCGAAUAACAUGGUGGGCUCUUACGAAUACCUCGACUUUCCCAUGUCGGAAGGCGUCUAUGGGGUCAAGGCCGACAGCCACAUCCCCGCGGCCACUUUACAUCGGUAUUUGACUGACUACGCCAAACACUUUGAAGUCUUUGAUCGAAUUCAAUUCCACACACGGGUGAUCGCAGUGCAGCCACGCUCAGAAGAUGAUGGGUGGAGACUUCAUGUUGCCUGUUCGAACGACCCAUUCAACUCCACCACGACAAUUGAAACUCAACGACUGAUACUGGCCCCCAGCCUCUCCUCUUUACCAAGUAUUCCCUCAUACUCUGGCCAGGAUACCUUCCGCGGUCCUGUGUUCCACGCCAAGGAUUUCGAACGCGAGGCAGACACGUUGACAAGCUGAUAUGGUUCUCCCCGAGUCCCUGGCAAGAUGAGGAUGGCUACUCGACCGUGCGCUCAGUUCUGCACGGUACCAAGUUGAGGAACCUCCUUCUGAACAACUUCUGGUUCUUUCUUUCUGCGGAUAUCAUUGAAUCGAACGGGUAGGAGGACCAUCAUCACCCCUCGCU